AUGGCAGAGCCCGAAUUAAACGUCGACAAUUUAAUACAAAGAUUAUUAGAAGUUAGAGGAUGUCGCCCAGGAAAAUCGGUACAUAUGACAGAGGCAGAAGUGAGGGGGCUAUGUUUGAAGUCCAGAGAAAUAUUUCUUCAACAACCGAUACUACUUGAACUGGAAGCUCCAUUGAAAAUUUGCGGUGAUAUUCAUGGGCAGUACACAGAUCUAUUGAGAUUGUUCGAAUAUGGUGGUUUUCCCCCAGAGGCCAAUUACCUAUUUUUGGGUGAUUACGUGGAUCGUGGCAAACAGUCAUUAGAAACAAUAUGCCUUUUGCUUGCUUACAAAAUAAAGUAUCCUGAAAACUUCUUUUUGCUUCGAGGUAAUCACGAGUGCGCCUCCAUUAACAGAAUAUACGGCUUCUACGAUGAAUGUAAGAGGCGGUUCAACAUAAAACUAUGGAAAACCUUCACUGAUUGCUUUAACUGCUUGCCCAUUUCCGCUAUCAUCGACGAAAAGAUAUUUUGUUGCCAUGGGGGUCUCAGCCCGGAUUUACAGGGCAUGGAACAAAUCAGGCGCAUUAUGAGGCCAACCGAUGUACCAGACACAGGUCUACUGUGCGACCUUCUCUGGUCGGACCCGGACAAGGACGUCCAGGGUUGGGGCGAGAACGACCGUGGCGUGUCGUUUACUUUUGGCGCGGAUGUCGUUAGCAAAUUUUUAAAUCGCCACGACCUAGAUCUUAUAUGUAGAGCUCACCAGGUGGUAGAAGACGGCUAUGAGUUUUUCGCCAAGAGGCAGCUGGUCACCCUCUUCUCGGCGCCAAAUUAUUGCGGAGAAUUCGACAACGCUGGGGGAAUGAUGAGUGUCGACGAGACCCUCAUGUGCUCUUUUCAGAUUCUGAAGCCCUCAGAGAAGAAAGCGAAGUACCAGUACCAGGGCACCAACGCAGGGCGCCCAUCCACCCCCCAGCGGAACCCAACAACAAAAAAGAAAUAAGAGCACCAGACCUACCACUAACAUUUUCAUUUGUAUUCUACCAAUGCAUUUUAACAGUGUAUUCUCUCAAUAAUGCUAUAAACAGUCGGUCUAUCUACGUGUGAAAAGUAUUGUGUAUUAUUUAAUUAUUAUUAUAAUUUGUGAUGUAUUGACUGA